AUUAGGAAGUGGAAGGGAGGAAACGCUUGUGGGAGGAAGCGCCCACCUAUCUAGCUGUUGGAUACGGGAAGAGAGCGGCCCUAGAGUGGUGGCGUCCAUGGGCCGUCCAGGGGAGCCGCUCAUGUCCGCAAACAGAGCGGUAUGGGGGCGCGUGCGAAGCCGCCUGCGAGCCUUCCCCGAGCAGUUGGCAGCCUGUGGGGGCCAGGCCGCGGCGUACGGCAGGUGCGUGCAGGCCUCUACGGCCCCGGGCGGCAGCCUGAGCAAGGAUCUCUGCGCGCGGGAGUUCAAGGCCCUACGGAGCUGCUUCGUCGCCGCGGCCAAGAAGACCCUGGAUGGAGGCCGUUAGGAGGGGCUCUCAGCACUGCAUUCACACCCAUCUGCUGCCCCUUGGUGCAGAGCAGCACAUGGCAGUCAGUCUGCGGGAAUGUCAGUGCCCUAAAGCUCCUGGAGCUAUCCCCUGUGUUUCUUCUCAGUGGCUUGAGCCAUGGGCAGAGCACGAAUUUGUUUUCCUUAGUUUGUGUCUGAAGGGUCUGUGAGAAUAAGGUGUAAUGGAACCAGCAUAAAGCCUCUCUCCAGCA